AUGCCUUCAGCAUACCCCAAACCUAUCCUACCCCCGUCCCUUAUUGCCGUUACAGGCGCCAACGGCUUUAUAGCCCAGCACUGUAUCAAACUUCUCCUGUCAGAAGGCUACAGAGUUGUAGGCACCGUCCGUUCGGCUUUAAAAGCCAAACAAGUCUUAAACCUCCAUGGAAGAGAUCCCAGUCUUUCUGUGAAAGUGGUUGAAGAUAUUACUUCCGUCGAAUCAUAUCUCUCAGCUUUUGGCUCAACCAGACCAGACGCCAUCUUACACCUCGCCGCACCCUUCAAUUAUGAUGCUACGGACUUGGAGAAUGAUCUUAUGAUUCCCGCUGUUAAGGGUUCAACGGCUAUUCUCAAUGCAGCCAAGAAAUUGGGAGGUGUAAAACGCAUUGUGCAUACCAAUUCGUUUGCUGGUAUCUACGAUGCUUCGAAGGGACUUCAGCCUGGCAAAAUAUAUACUGCCAAGGACUGGUCGCCUUUGACCUACGAAGAUGGUGUCAACGCUCCCGCUGCAGCAGUAGCAUACCGAGCCAGCAAAACGGUAGCGGAAAAGGUUGCGUGGAAAUGGAUGGAUGAUAAUUCAUCCGUGCAAUUCGACCUCGUCAGCCUCAAUCCAGCCAUGGUGUUUGGACCAUUCCUACCAGGCGCAGUCCCCACUUCCCCAAAAGAACUCAACACAUCAAACCAAAUUGUAUAUGGCAUUGUGUCAACCGGCGAAGAGGCUUCCAUCCCACCAACUCGAGGUCCAGUCUGGGUCAGUGUCCAAGAUGUUGCACUAGCACAUCUUAAGGCGAUCCAAGUUCCUGAAGCUGGCGGCGAGAGAUAUCUUCUAGCCGCUGGUGUAUACUGCAAUCAGGAGAUCGCCGAUGUUUCGCGAGAGGUCGCAGGGAAGAAUAAGAGCAAGAUUCCCACUGGUAGUCCGGGUUCUAGAGAAGCUGAGACCCAUUUUGGCGUUGAUGCUAGUGAGACUGAGAAAGCUUUGGGGAUCAAGUGGCAGUCACUUGAGGAUAUGUUGUCAGGACUACUGCCUCAGUUGUUUGAGAUUGAGAGUAGAGUUCAGUGA